AUGUUUUCUAAAGCCAAACAACUGGAUGAAGCCGCCGCCACGAUUGCCUACGAGACUACGCCUCUGCUUGCCUCCGUGGAACCCGGUCCUGACGCGGAAGUCUUAUCAAGCCAAACCACCAGCACAGAUGGAGCCGACGCAGACGAUGAAGAUGCACCACUCCCAAAAUUACAAAUCUUCCUUCUCUGUUACACUCGUGUCAUUGAGCCAAUAGCGUUCUUCUCCAUAUUCCCUUAUAUCAACUCCAUGAUUGAACAUGUAGGCGGAAUCAAGAAAGAAAACGUCGGCUUCUAUUCCGGACUCAUCGAAUCUCUCUUCUCGCUUACACAGAUGUGUGUUAUGAUCUUCUGGGGUAGAGCAUCUGACCGUUACGGACGCAAGCCGGUUCUGGUUUUCAGUUUGCUAGGUAUUGCGAUUGCGACCGCGUUAUUCGGCAUGAGUCAAAGCAUCGCGCAAAUGAUUGUCACCAGAUGUUUCGCAGGUGUCUUCGCGGGUACGGUGGUCACUCUAAGAGCAAUGUUUAGCGAGAAUAGUACAAAGCAUACGCAGGCUAAAGCGUUCGCCUACUUCGCGUUCGCAGGAAACUUGGGGAUUCUCAUUGGGCCGCUUCUGGGAGGUGUUUUUGAGAGACCCGCCGAGAAAUACCCUCGUGUUUUUGGAUACAAUUUCUUUCGACAUUACCCUUACAUACUGCCUGGACUUGUCGUCUCGGGUUUCACACUCUCUGCGGCUCUUACGACGGUCUUGUUUGUGAACGAGACUCUUCAUGUUCACAAGAAAAUGAAAUCUACAGAGGCUCCGAUGACAAUGAGGCAAAUUGUCCAAUUCCCUGGCGUAGCACGAGUUAUUCUUAUUUUUGAGUACAUCAGCGUCCUUGCCUUUACAUUCACUGCCGUUAAUCCUGUCUUCCUCUACACCCCUGUUCGACUCGGCGGGAUGGAGUUCUCUCCCGAGCUCAUUGCCGCAGUCAUCGGCUUCUCAGGCGCGUCACAAGCGGCUUGGCUUCUCCUUGUCUUCCCUGCUUUACACAAACGCAUUGGUACUGGUCAGAUUUUGCGUCUUGCAGCAUGGACCUGGCCUUUCUUUUUUGCGAUUAACCCCAUCUCCAACACUCUCCUUCGACACGACCAGAGGACUGCAUUCUGGGCCAUUGCUCCACCCGCUUUGGCAAUGGGCAGCGGUGUGGCCAUGGCAUUCACCGCUAUUCAACUCGCGAUCAACGAUAUCUCACCGAGUCAUGAAACUUUUGGGACACUGAACGCAAUCACGCUUGCCCUCUCGAGCGGAUCCAGGGCUGUGGCACCAGCGCUAGCCACAAGUGUAUAUGCUAUUGGUGUCAAAUACCACAUCUUAGACGGCCACCUGUUUUGGCUGCUCAACAUAUUACUCGCGUUCGGGCUGGUAGGGCUGUUGAGAUUACUACCGGAGAAGGUAGAGGGGAGACCCAAGAAAUCGACAAGCCAGAUUGAGUAG